CUUCUCUCGUGUUUAUGUUUCACAAUUUGUAAACUCUGUGUGUGGAUAAACAGAAGUAAAACUAAAUGACAUUUAACAUUUUAAACCUCGUUUUUUUGUAUUAGUAAACAUGACAUCUCGUGGACGUGGAGCUAGGGUUCCAUUUAACAAAUCAGCUUUUCGACAACAGAAUGAAAAAGAAAAUUCAAGUGACGGUGUUCCUUCUGCAAUUCUAAAACAAGCCAGGCAAAGUGGACAGUUGAAUUUAUCUGGGCGAGGUUUAGCGACAGUACCUGACAAAGUAUGGAGAAUAAAUAUUGAUGUACCAGAAGAAGCAAAAAAUGUUUCAUUGGAUAAUGCUGAAAAUAGAUGGUGGGAUCAAGUUGAUUUAACUAAACUCAUCUUAGCAUCAAAUACUUUAACAGCUAUACCGGAUGAUAUCAGCAACUUUCCCGCCUUAACUGUUCUUGAUAUUCAUGAUAACAAUUUAGAAAGUUUACCAGCAGCCUUCAAAGCUUUAGAAAAUCUACAGAAACUCGAUGUAAGUCGUAAUAAGUUAAAGGUCCUACCGUCAUCUAUUGGUUAUUUAAGAACUCUGGUCAGUCUCCAUGUAGAACAUAAUCAGCUAACACAACUCUGUGAAGAAAUCAAGUGUCUACAAAAAAUUGAAGAUUUGGACGUAUCUAAUAAUCAGCUAACAGUUUUACCCACAGCUUUAGGUUAUCUUGUAAACCUGGUUAAACUUAAUGUUUCUAAUAAUAAAAUCAAAUCAUUACCACCAGAAAUAGGGGAUAUGUCAGGCCUGAAAUAUUUUGAUGCUACUCAUAAUGAACUGACACUGCUUCCACAAGAAUUUGGUAAUCUACGUAAAUUAGAGUUACUUUAUCUACGUCAUAAUAAACUGGCCUAUUUACCAGUUCUAGAAAAUUGUGUAUCAUUAAAGGAACUUCAUGUUGGUAAUAAUAAUAUUAUGGGUAUAACUAGUGAACAUUUACAACAUUUAACAUCUAUAAAUGUAUUAGAUCUACGUGAUAAUAAGAUAUCUAAAUUACCAGAUGAAAUAACCCUACUACAAUCAUUACAGAGAUUAGAUAUAACUAAUAAUGAUUUAAGUAGUUUACCAUAUUGUUUAGGAACUAUUGUCUCCUUGAAGUCUUUAGUUUUGGAAGGAAAUCCCAUGAAAUCUAUUAGAAGGGAUAUUAUAAUGAGAGGAACUGUGGAACUAAAAAAAUAUUUAUCAAGUAGAAUAGAGGAGCCAGUAUCAAAUGAAAAUAACAUGGCUACUGGUGGUAAUACUGGUAUUAUAGGUGGUAAUCAAUCGGUCAGUUCACAUGAAAUGUGCCAAAUGAAAACAUUGGAUUACAGCCAAAAACAAGCAUCAGAGAUUCCUGCUGAUAUACUGGAGGCUGCUCAAAAAGCUGAUGUCACAGUAGUCAAUUUACAUAAAAAUAUAUUUACAGAUUUACCAAGCAAUCUUAGGUUGUUAAGUGAUACUGUCACAGAACUUCACUUAAACUGGAACAAGAUAUCAACAUUAAGUUCUGAAAUAAGUGCCUUUAAAAGACUAGUGUGUUUAGAUCUAGGGAAUAAUAUGUUGACUGAUCUACCUAAAGAAAUAUCAUCUUUACAAAAUAUCAGAGAAAUCAUAAUAUCACGCAACAGAUUUACUGUGAUACCAUCGGUUGUUUUUGAAUUAAAGAAGUUAGAGAUAUUAUUUGCUAGUGAUAAUAAGAUAGAAGUUAUUGAUGUGGAUGGGUUAAAGAGACUACCUGUACUAGCUACGUUAGAUCUACAGAACAAUAAUAUCAGUCAAGUACCACCUGAACUAGGCAAUUGUCCUUUAAAAUCUUUACAGAUAGCCGGAAACUUGUUUCGUAAUCCACGACCAGCUAUUCUAGCUAAAGGAACCCCAACUUUAUUAGAACACUUGCGCAGCAGAAUAGUUACAUAACAAGACUAAAAAUGUGUAUGUCAUACCUGAUAUAAGUUAAACAAUGUCCUUGAUAGUGCUAAAUUUUUAUUAUUUUUGUAUUGUAAAUAUAAUUAGUCUUGCCUCAUUAUGUUCCCUAUAUUUUCAUGUUAACUUGAGUUGUGCUUUAUCGAUAUAUCCUUAUAAUGUUAUUGUUUUUAAAUGACAUGUAUUAAACAUAGAUUGUAUGCUAGAAAUAUGUAGAUUGUAUGAUAGUAAUAUAUUUUCAUAUCUAGUCUUUUCAUAACCCGGUAACUAGCAUUUUAUAUUUGACAAUAAAGCUCAAUAUUCUAUGAACUGCAAUUUUGUUUUAUUAAUGCUCUAUUGUCAACUUAUACAUGAUAAUGGUGUAUUAUGGUAUGGUUUGAAAUUAAUUUUUUGUAAAUUAUAUUAGAAUGAGAUGGUACUCACAUAAUUAUGCACAUAUUUUGGAAUUUCAAAUUGUUAGUGAAAAAGUUUGUGUAUAAAUUUAAUUAAAAAACCCAACGAAUUUAAUUCAAAAAUAAAAUUGUCGAUUUUCAUUGGA